CGCAGCCACAGAACGCGCAGCAGAACCAAACUUUGCCGCCGCCGUCGGACAUCGCGACGAGUACUCUGGAAAAAGAUUACGCCGCCGGACGGACACUGCAGCACCAUCACCCGAACGAAACCAGAAAACUGCACCUCGUGCACAGCAGUGAGUGUUUUUUGUUUUUUUCUUUCUUUUUUCUUUCUCUUUUUCGUGCAUUCGAUUUCGAAUAACGCGCACAUACAUAUGAAAUGUACAAGUACCCGCCCACGUCUGUUACACUCGUCUAUUGUCACCGGAACCAAUCGUUCAAACCGUGUUAUCAACGCGAAACGCCGGUUCCGGGGGCGGGGCAUGGCGAGAGGGUAAGGCCGGAUUAUUCGACUUUUGGAAUUUAAUUCAAACAUUUUUUCUAUAAUUUCGUUUUAUACGGUUUUUUUUUUUUGUCUUUUGUUCGAUCGAUCGGCACGAGUGCGUACAUAAUUUAUUCGCACGUAUGUUGUACUAGUGCGUACCUAAAAAAAAAAAAAGCACGUAACUUUGUCGUUAAUGAUUUUCUUUUUAUUAACUGUAUGUUAUAUAUACGAUCAUAAAAUUUUCUCCGUUAUUACAUUCCGAUGAUUUUCUUCAUAUGUAAAAUAAAAAUGCGUUUUUGAAUAUUUGCGGACAAUAAAGUUUGAUAUUGCAGUGACAGGAGCGGGAACGAAAACUGAGAAUCCGGUCGUUGGGAAACACAUUUUUUUUUUUUUUUUUUUUUUACUGGUCUGUCGACACUACUUACAAUACUAACUAUUGCGUUACUUUUAUUUUUAAGCGAGACGUGAGUAUUUUUACAUAGUGAUUUCUCGCGCAUUCGUAAUUCUCUCAACAAAUUUAAAUAAAUAAAAAAAAAACCGAUUUACAAAUUCAGAUAAUGUUCAUCCUAUUGAGUUUGAUAAUAAUACGUCGAUUCGCUAUAAUGUUAAAACUAACACUACAAAUUGGUUCUAAUAAAUGAACGUUUUUUUUUUUUUUUUUUUUUUUUUGUUCUGUCGUACGUUCGUUAGACGGAGACAGCAACAAUGGUGCACGUGUACCACCCUCUUGUCGUAUAAAAACGUCCGAUAAAAUAUAUACUGUAUUAUAAUCAAACGUGCCUUCGCUGCGCACACUUGUCUAGAUUCAUUUUUCGGUUAUCUCUAAUAUAAUUGCUUUCAAGUUCAUAACAAUAAUAUUAAACUACGGUACACUGCGGAUGCGGGAUUGUGUAUGCCACGCCACCGAGGUGACACGAUAUUUAGUGGCAGACGAAACUCGGUUUCUGUUGUAUCCAGUGCGCGCCGCAAUACCUUUUUAAACGUUUGUAUUUUACAUUCUGAGCGAAACGACGAAUGUAUUGGUUUUACAAUGAUGUUUAUUAUUAUUAUUAUUAUUAUUAUUGUUAUUGUUACUAUUGUUAUUAUUAUUAUUAUUAUUAUUAUUAUUAUUAUUAUUUUUUAAACAAAUCUUCUAUCUUCGAAGUCUUGCUCCGAUUUUCCAGUGUAGCACUUUUUCCGAAAGAAGAUUUUAUCAGAGUAGUACAUUUUUAAUAGGAUUUUUCAUAAUAAACGGGGGAAAAAAAACGUAGGGAAAACGGGAAAAUUUACGAAAUGUAUUAUUUUUGAAUCGUAAAUACCUAUUACGGCUUUUCAAAACGUGUACGACCGAACUCCGCCCAGAAUCGUUUUUCGUUAGCAAAGAUUAAUCGUUGCGUAAAGAUAUACGUUUAAAUUCCUCAAGUAAGUAUAAGUAUUCAAUGUUCUAAUCCGGAAAUAACAAAGUAGUUAGGUCCAAUUGGGGAAUUUUAAAAGUAGAGUUCCAAAUCAAAUACUAUAGUAUUGUGCUUACAUUUUCCACCACACCUUUAACUAUCUUUCAAAUAUUUCAUAUCAGAAUGUUAUUAUUUUUAUUAUUUAUUUUUUUUCAGAUAGGAGCGAUUUCGUAGGCGGUAUCGACAACGAAGCUUUAGAUUUCAGUCAUUUGACAGACGAAUUCAUUCAGAAUAAUAACACCGAACCUAAUCAGUAAGUAUACCUUUAUUUUGGUCGUAGAGUCUAUAACGAUAAUAUUAAUUAAUCCUUACUUAUUUACCCAUAACUAACUGUAGUAGAAUAUUUCAUCUAAAACAACAAAUGUUACUGUAAUAAUCAUCAUCGUAUGCGCAGUCCAUUCAUAUUUAAAGUGAAACAAUUAUGUCGGUGUGACCUAAUUGUUGUUUUUUUUUUUUUUUUAUAAAAAUAAACGUUUUUAAAAUAAAUUGUACGCGGCGUUUAACGUACCUAACAAUACUAAUCGUAUUAACCUGUAUCCACAAUCAUUAUUAAAAUUCAUUUUUAAAUAACAAUAAUAAUAAAAAAAAAAGUUAUACAGUGUGUGGUACUCAACUUAUAACAGUACGAUUUUAUAGCAAGUUGACACACGUUUAAAAAAACGAAAACUCAUUCGUAAUGUUAUUAUGCUAUCACGCGUAAUGAUACAACACAAUUUUUAUAAAAGUGCGAGCAGUAGCGCACGCAGAAUUGUUUUUCGGGAGUGGUUUUGUUUAUAAUCAUUUCCUAAAGAGGGGAUAGCACAUAUUAUAAGUACAUCACGAUUAUUACAGAAUAAAUGACUUUUGAUGAAAUCAAAUUUUAUUUUAUUCUGUGAUUAAAGAUAUUAUGUUGUUGAAUGUAAAACUCAAUUCAAAAAAAAAAAGGAACGAAGAAAAACCUUUCGAGGGGGGAGGGUAGAUGAACCCUAACCCCUUUCUGUGUGCUCCACUGGGUGCGAGUGAUCUUUUGGAUUUAGAUUUGGAGUUUUAAUACGACCAAUAUUUUCGUCGGUUUUUAAAUUUAUUAUUUUCAUUUUUUUGUGCUUUUUUUGGUUACUUAUAUAAUGAAAAAAAUACGGACAUAUUUCGUACGAUGGGUGGGACACUUUUGUAGAUGAGAAGUUGGGAAGGUAGAAUACAGAGAAGAACUGAAUCACGACAAAAAAAUAAAAUUGAAAAUAAUAAACGCAUUAUUUUCGUAAAUUUUCUCGUUUUUCCUACGUUUUUUUUUGGGUGGGGGGGUUUAUCCCAAUUAUUAUGAUAACCGCCUGGGAAAAAUGACUGCCUUGAAGUACUACUCUGGUAAAAUCACUUUUCAGAAUACGCGCUAAACUUGAAAAUCGGAGCCAGUUUUAUGGCAGAAAAGUUAUUCACAAAAAAAAAAAAAUAAUAAUAAACAUAGUUGUAAAACCGAUACAUUUCUCGCUCCAGGAUACGGAUUACAAAUAUUUGUAUUUGAAUUAAAAUUGUAUGUUUUUGUAAAAAAAUAAAUUUUUAUUUCAUUAUUUUCAAACAAUUUUAAAAUAGCCAUUCGAUAGAGUUUAUUCGUCUAAAAAUGUCGAUAUUCAACUUUUAUUUUUUGUUGAAUUGAGUGAUUUGUAUAGUCAUUUAAAGUUCAGAGAGUGUGCAUUCAACACUAUUAGCCGUAAUAGUAAUAAUUAAUAAUGUUAUAUUUAUUAUUAUUCCGAUUACAUAUAAUUACGCAGCAGUCUUUGAAAUCGCAUUCACAAAUUUAUUGACUAUUAUUAUUAUGGGUAAUUGGCUGUACACUGAUUUUCUUUGGGCUUUAAGACAUUAUAAAAAAUCACGAUUUUAAUAAAAACGAAAGUUCAAAAGUCAACAUUUUCAGAUAAAUAAACCCCGUGAAAUGGCUGUUUUCAAAUUUUUCGAAAACAAAAUACUAAAUUAAUACAAUCAAAAUUAUUGUUAUUGUUAUUUUUUUAUUUCACCAAAACCUACAAAUUUAAUUCAAAUACAAUUAUGUAUAAUAUGUAUAGGUGUAUAAAAAGGAUUCAUGUGAGUAAUUAAAAAAAAAAAAAAAACCAGAACUCGAUUAUCUUUGUUAUCUCCGGAGAUUUUGCAACGGGUAUAUUUUCGUUGGAUACACUCCGUACUCCCAGAUAGUUUUGCAUUAGCAAUUUCAUUAAAUAGCAAUGAAUAUUGUAAUGGUUCCAGAAAUUAAAACAAAAAAUUCACAAUUUUCUUAUUUUUUCUUUCUUUUUUAUUACGGUUAUUCUAAUUUAUUUUCGCGUUCCUUACGAAUAGUAUACACCGCAAAGCAGAUAUAAAACGAGGUGUCGUAGUAUACACCCAUAAACAAAUCGACGGGAUUUUCGUUUACCACAACGUAUACCCAGGUAAUAUUAAUACUAUGCGAACCCAUAUCAAUGUGUGUAAACAAUGGCGUGGUAUUCCAUACUGCGGAGUAUACCCUAAUACGGACGACGUUUGUGUGAGACGUAUAUUAUUAUUGUUUUAAAAAAACGGAAAAAAUAAAAAUGUUAGCCACUGGUUUGCCGGCGCGCCGUUGACGUUGUUCCUUUUCCCGAUCGUUAUUAACCCGUCACUGAUAAUAUUAUUAUCAUUAUCAUUAUUCGAUAAUGAUAAAAAUUGAUAAUGAUAAACAUGGGUUGCCGAAUAAUGAAAGUGACCGUGCGAAGACGAGCUGGUUUUUAUUUUUGUUUUCAAUGUUCGGAACGAAAAAUCAAUUUUUAAAAUAUUGCAUCGCGUACAUUUAUUAUAAUGUAUACAGAGCGAUUGUUUUUUACACGACGACCUCGCCGAUAACGUAAUGUUAUAUACGAAGAGUGGUAUUUCGGGUAAAUUCCGUUUUCGGUUCGGCCGGUGCGCGCGAAUAAGAGAGGGGAGGGGUGCCGCGCUCCGUGCGUUUCGCCAACGCCGGUUAUACAAAUACGCCAGUGCAUUUAAACGUUUACAACGAAAAUAAGUAAAAUGUUAGGUAACAUUGGGUAUUCCUUUCAUCCUUUAGAAAUCGCAUUUUACAAAAUCCCAUCUUAUUUCUCGUCGAAACGCGGUUCUUUGUGCGCGAAACAUUUCAAUAAUAGAAACGUCUUCAAAGAGCUCUUGGGAAAAAAUGAUUUCACGUUUUCCCGAAAUCCCGAUUUCUGUACAAGGUUCUGCGUUCAACGAGUCGGAAUCGCAAUUAACGUUAUUUUAGAGUACCUAUCAUUUUUUUUUUAUUUUUUUUUUUUUUUAAAGAUUUUUUUUAUUAAAUUUCUCAAUCGCUGUUCACUGGAUAGUGCAUAUCGAUGAAAUAAUUGUUUAAACGAUUAUAAAAGAUACGAAAAUAAUAGUAGAAAAAUAUUGAUGUAUCGAAAUAUGCUCCGACAUGAAAUAGCGAAAAACGUCCUAGGAUAAUGGGGACGCGUGCAGCAACUGUUAUAGGCAAUUUAAUGUACACCUGUAAGCAACGAUAAACCAUUGCGAACGAAAAAACGAUUCUGAGCGGAGUUCAGUUGAUAGUGAUUAUUUGUCAACAAUAUAAAUGUCAUAUUAUAGUAGAAUAAUUAAAUAGGCUUUGUAUAUUUUCUUUAAUAAUAUUUGUUUAAUGUUGUACCGAUUUUCUCAGUUUCCCUACGUUUUUCCCGGUUUUCCCAUGUUUUAUCUCGGUUUUUCACACUUGCUGAGAAAAUCGAAAAAUUACCUUAGAGUACCUCCCUAGAGAAAUUUCUUUUUAGAAACAUUGCUUCCAUUAUAAAUCCGGUGUCAAAUCGCUCUCCGAAAAGUUGUUAACAAAAAAGAAAAAAAAAAAAAGACCGUAAUUAUUUUAACUAACGUAUCUACAUUUCUUAUAUUUUCCCGUUUUUUUUUCGUUUCGAGCAAUUUGAGAAAGAUGAUAUAGCGAUAUUCAUAAUGAAACAAUUAAGUGCAAUUCGAUCAUUCAAGGAUGUUAGAACAAUAUUUUUAGCAUUCAUAGAAUCUUUAUUUACAUAUGGGGGUGUGAUUGGGGGGAUAGGUUCUUUCAAAGCUUCAAAUGUGUCAAAAGCAAUUUUCAGGGUUGCGAGUAAAAAAAAAAAAAAAUAGAGUCCAAUAAUAAAACUAUUUAUGCAAAUUUAAUAUGCCCUCAACAUAUUAUAAUAUAUAUAAAUAUGAAAAAACUUCUGUGUAUGUCUAGUUUAACUGAUAACAUUUUUUUGAAAUUGUUUUGUUUAAAAUAUGUGAUUUGAUGGUGGUUCAAAAAAUAUUUAAAUUUUUCCGCCAGACAUCCGAAAUUAUGUCAAAACUAUUCUGAAAUGUAUAUUCAAAACAUUUUGAAAAAUUUAACAAAAUUUAAAUUUGCUCAAAACGUUUUUGUAUUCAGCAUACAACAAUAGAUAUUAUAUAUAAAUAUAUUUAUUAAUUUUUUUUUUUGGAGGGGGGGGAGAAUAUUCAGUAAAUUAAACUUGGUUCGUAACUUCGCGAGUUGGUGUUUUCGUCAAACCGACGUUGUGAUUUAAUUAAAAAUUAAGGAUCAAGCCGUGCGCACGCGAAUGUGUAAAAUUCUCAUAAAUACCGUCUAACUUGUUAAUUUAAAUGUUAUUCAUUGACAAUUUGUAACGAGAUCCCAAGGGUAAUGAUACCGACGUGCUACAACAAACCAUAUUAGUAUAGACCACAACUCAAAAACUCAUUCAAAGCAUUUCGUGUUGUUUCCGAACUGCGGUUACCCAUUUUGGUAUGUUAAAUCGAACUUUUAAUCAAAAGAAAACAUAUAAAUAUUUAAAGAAUUUAAAUUGAAAGAAAACAAGGAGUUAACCUUAUCGCCGAUUAUUAAUGUAGUAUCAAUAAUACUAAAAAAGGUACAAUGGUUUACAAAGAAAAAAAAAAAAAAUGUAAAAAAGAACACGGUUUCGGAUUCACAGAAAAAUGUAUAAUAUCAUCAGGUUAACUUUGGGAUGUUGUUUGAAGGGUAGCAUUUUCUUCUGUUUGAACGGACCUUCUUUUGAAUAAAUUUCACGAUUGGACGCAACGAAAUAAUAUGUAUUCGUGAUAGACGUAAAUGACAUCGCCGGGACCGCUUGUGAAUUCAUUUGAAAGUCGAUAAAUAAUCUUUUGUUUUGUUUUGUUUUGUUUUUUUUUUCAAAGAUUCUUUCACGAGACCGUUGUCGAACAAAACGAUCACGUGAUGGUUAGAAUAAACACGCCGUACCAACAAGAGUCGCCCCAGCUCUUUUUGAAAAACACGUCGAUACCGCCGUCAAUCGCGGACCUGUCUUUUCACAACAACGGCGUUUUAUCGAACGUCGGUCUGCCCGUCAAACCCGGUAAAGAUAAAAUUCACAACUACCCGAACAGACACAGCUUACCGGAAAGUCCACCGGACUCCGAGCCGCCGUAUUCGCCGGCCGACGCGGUCGGCCAAUCGCCGCGUAAGUAUAUAAAUUAAAACCGUUGUCAAAUAUUAUUACAAUUUACAAACGUUAAAUCUAUUUUGCGCGGCGAUGUGCCGGUUCGUCAAAAAACAACGGUUUACAGACCGGAAAACGCCAAAUUUACAAUGUCUGAUAUCGUCCAACAAGACACAGAUAUCGAUGAGUCCCGGGGCCGCCGGCCUCUAUCAAAAACAGUCGUCCGCGGCCGCGAAACUUCCACACCCGUUGACCGUCCAACCGUUAAUGAUGCCCGGUUCCUCGUCUCACGUUACACAUUUGGGUAUGUUGAACAAUAAAUAUGUAUCGCGAUUGUCUAUACAGGGUGUCCCACAAACAUAUACCCGUUCCGUAUACAAUACAUGUUUUACAUCAAAUGGAUAUACCCGCGCGCGUAUAUUACCUAUACGUCGUGCAAUUCCGUUGAAUUAUUUUUUGUAAUCCGUGAAUACGGGGUUUUUUUUUUUUUUUUUUUUAUCAAGAUUUCAAUCAAAUGGCGUCCAACGCGAGGGAGAUCGAAAUACCCGAACCCGAGUACACAGACUUGUUGAACGUGAACGUGACUGCGACGGACAAGAAGCGAAAACUACAGUGUCCAGAUCUCGGUAGCGGGACCAACGUGCGAGUAAAAAAAGAAACCGGUAACAAUAAUAUUUUAGCUUCAUAUUCGUAUCGUUUCAACUAAAAAAAAAAAAAAAAUAAAAAAAGAAUUAUGCACACGGAAUUGUACGCCUCAUUUAGAAAAUUGCGUGAAAAAACCCAUAACACACGUGUCGCCGUCGGGAAGGUCGGUUUGCAGCGAAGACAGUUACACGUACCAAGACAGCUGCGAAUCGGGUUUGUAUAACGACACGAGUUUUCAGUGUAUCCGUUUCCAACCGUUUCAAGAAACCUCGUGGAACACGUUGUGCGAUCACUCGUUAAAAGAACUGUAAGUAUGCGUCGUUAUUUUUUAACAGAACGGAUUUUAUAAAACCAAAAUUACGACGAUUAAAAACAAUAUAAAAUAACAUAUUUUUUAUAAUUUAACACCUAUAAAAAUAGCCGUGUCUACGUACCUAUACAUCGUGACGCAGAUUAUUGAAUUUACGUGCAGAAUUUGACGACCAUAACACGUAUUGUUUUCGACGGGAACGCGUUAAUAAAUAAUAAUAAAUAAAUACACGCAAAAAAUGCUAGCGACUCGCGAACUAAAUUGUAUCACUUUCUAUUGUGUAGACGUUUUUGAAUUUAGACGUAAUAAAACGAUGUCCGAAAUACGUAUUUUUAGGCCGAUACCGCAUUAUAGAGUGGACGCCGACAAAGGGUUCAAUUUUUCCAACGUCGAUGACGCGUUCGUGUGUCAAAAGAAAAAUCAUUUUCAGGUAUACGGUUUUGCGAUUAUUUGAAACGUUUUAAUAAGAUGUCCAUUUAAUAACAAUGACAAAAAAAACACGUAUUUAGAUCACAUGCCACACACAACUCCAAGGCGACGCGCAAUUCGUUAGAACCGCCGAGGGAAUCCACAAGGUGGGCAGUUUCCAUUUGCAUUUUUACGGCGUUAAGGUCGAAUCGCCCGCUCAAACGAUUAAAGUCGAGCAGUCUCAGAGCGACCGGAGCAAAAAAGCUUUUCACCCAGUUUUGUGAGUAGCGCCUGUAUAUCAACGCGCUCGUCGCGAGCGUGUAGCGCCGGCGGUAUUAUCGUGUUAAACGUAACGGGUUUUACGCGUCGCGAUCUCGUGCGAUUUCGAAUAUCGCAAUAUUGUUAUCGCGAAUAUCCGUAUUGUAUUUCGGCGCGACGAUAUUGCGAUGUUUGACCGAAAAUCAUUACAUUGUCGCCCAUUAUUAGCCCGACGGUUUUUCAGGCUGGAUUUGCGCGAGGAACAGGUGUCGAAAAUAACGGUGGGCCGGUUGCAUUUUAGCGAGACGACGUGCAACAACAUGCGGAAGAAGGGAAAGCCGAACCCGGACCAGAGGUACUUUUACCUGGUGGUCGGUUUGCACGCGCACUGCAUCAACGACCACGACUACCCGAUCGUCUCGUACGCGUCCGAAAGGAUUAUUGUCAGGGUAAUCCAAGUAAUUAUGAUAGACCGAUAUUAUGAUAUUAUGAUAUUUAUUCGCCUCGCCCGUGUUACACCUGUCCGCCGCUUUUGUUUUUAAAUGUAUUGCGAGGCCGCAGCGACGUGUUUGUUUUUUGUUUUCGUUUUCUCGGUGCGCCGUUUUCGUCACAUUAAAGGCUUCGAACCCGGGCCAGUUCGAAAGCGACGCGGAACUCUGUUGGCAACGCGGCACCACCGCCGAGUCGAUAGUGCACACCGGCAAGGUGGGCAUCAACACGGACCGGCCGGACGAGUCGCUGGUCGUGCACGGCAACGUCAAGCUCACCGGACACAUUAUCCAACCGUCGGACGUCAGGAUCAAACAGCACAUACAAAAGGUACGCACCGCAGCGCAUAGCCGUACGGCCAACGCGCGUUAGGCCAAAGGUCGUGCGUACGACAUACGCUUUUCCGCGGAUCCGAAUAAUGCGUAAAGUCCCGAGUCCCGAUUAUUAAAACGGAACGUAUUACGAGCGUUCGCCUAAUAAUUGUAUGGGCGAAAAAACGGCGAGGGUGACGCGUAAAAAUGUGAUUGCGCGACUCGGUGCGGGGACGGCUAACGUCGGUUUUUUGAAAAAAAUCAUUUAGAAAUGAAAAUAAAAUGUGUACGAUUUUUUUUUUUUUGCCAUUUUCUAAACAACAUUUUUUAUAAAACACACAGAGCCCUAUGGGGAAUAUUAAAACGUCAAAGUCCAUUUCCGGACGAUCACAAAACGUGACAUUGGCCCUUCUUGCACCAAGUCGCACGAAUGCGACGGAGGAGCGGGAAUAGUAUUUUGUCAGCUGUCGAAAAAAUAAAUCGCGACGUUCGUACAUAAAAGUCUAACGCGAGCAGAUAGGUGGGCACAGUUCGUUAGUAAGGGCAAUCCGUCACUGCAGUAUACGACACUCGCCGGGACGGUGAGUUUUAUUUUCGUAAAAUGUUAUUGUUAUUGAGGAAUAAAACUCCGGUGAAGUUAGCCGAUCGAGAACCGUACGAAAUAUUCUAUUAUCGUAUUAUUAUACCGCCGUCCGAUUCGUUAACGUGAUUUAUGCCGUACUCGAUGAAUAUUUAUGGUUUACACCGCAUAAAUUACAUACGUACACCCGGUGCACUAUUAUAAUUUAUAAAUAUAUAUAUAUGUAUAGCCAUUAAAAUAGUACGAGUACAAGUGCGUUUUGUAUGCAUUCAACUAUUUCACAGCGGUCUAUUGUUUAAAAACGUCACGAGUACCUCCGGUGGCUCGUAAUAAUAACAAUUUCAUACACGUAUUCGUAUAUUUCGAUGGUUUCUUUGAUAUUUUCGAUAAGGAACAUUUUUUUUGUUUUUCGUCGACCGUAUUCGAUUGUAGAAACUGUUACCGUAGGAGAACAAUGCUCUAUCCGUAGUUACGACAGAGUUAACGAAAUUGCGUAGCACGUAAAGAGGAGACGUAAUAUACCCGCCUUUGCCAUAUCUCCGUAUCACGAAAACUAAAACAACGCCAACGAUGCACAGAUAAUAUUCUUGUCUUUGAGUUUGAUACCGGGUUAACCCAUUCUAAUGCUAAAAGAACAGCACAAUGUUGUCCCUGCCGAACGCGAAUUCGCUAUGUAAUACUGGGACAACACAUGCGAGCAUCCGUGCCGUAGCAUGCCCGUUUUAACCACUACCCAAUAAUUAUUCAUUAGUAAUCAAAACAACCGACAAUCUACAAACUGAAAACUUUCAUUUUAAUUCAUGUUAACGCAAAACCAAGCGCGCCACGACACAGAUACACGUUUCUUCUUAAUGUGCUGUGAAAUUUCGGCGGGCAGUUCUACCAUAAAUUCGGAGAGUUGUUCCCCCCAAACAAUUAUUUAAUACGCUUGGCAUCGAGAUUGUUAAAAAACGUGGAUUUAAAAAAAAAUUGCUUUAAUCGGGAUUUCAACGUUUAAAACACGUUUUUAUUACAUCGUCGUUAUAUUGUCGUAUAAAACGUUUUAAACACAUUUAACUUGAAAAUAAAAUCCUUAAAUUUUUAAACGAACUAUCGGUGUAAACUGUAUUAUUAUCUACUAGAAUACUCAUUUUAGAGUAUAGACGUUUCAGUAUUAGUCAAUAGUAAGUCAGUUCAUAUUCGCAAUAUGUGAGUCUGUGUGAGUUUUUUGACAUCAAUACAUUACACGUUAUUUUAUAUUAAAUAAUAGGCACAUCGUAAUAUUAUAUCAUGUGCUUAAUAGUCAUAUUAUUUGGGUACCUAUUAUGAACGAUUGAUGAUUACAGUUAAUAAUAUACAACAACGAGUAAAUGCUAUACCUGUAGAACGAAAAUAAGUAUUUUUCAGACAUAAUUAAUUAUCAGUACGUGAUUUAAUAUCGUCACCUAUUUUUUCAAUACCGAUAAAAUAUCAAUACGAUUUCCGUGAAAUCAAAUACCGUCGUAUAACGAUAUAACCUACGAAUGAGCGAUUGUCGAUAGGUUAUGAGUAAUAUUAAAUUAAAAAAAGGGGUUUAUUGAUUAAAAUUUAUCCACGGAAAAAAAAAAACAUUGUUUUGUUUUAAUAUAUACGGAUUUGUAUUAUGUGAUUUGUUGGUUUAGUUAAAACAAUAUGGUUUAAAAAACCUUGCUUGGCAUAUGAUAUUCUAGAUACGUGUGUUUAUAAUAUUAUUAUCAUUUACCUAUAUUUGUUUUUUUUUUUUUUUUUAAAUUUUCAAAUCGUAGUGCGAUACAAGCGAGCAGUUGCGGAACGUGCAGAAAUUAAACGUGGUCCAUUUCAGCUAUAAACCGGAGUUUUCUUCGUUGUUCGGGUUGUCUCUGAAAGAAAGCGACACCGGUAUUAUCGCUCAAGAGGUUCGGGACGUUUUGCCGGAAGCCGUGACGAACGCCGGUGGCAUCGCGUUGCCCAACGGAAUCGUAUACGAUGAUUUUUUGGUUGUCAACAAGGUACCUACAACGUGAUAUACUAUUUUAUUAUUAUUUUUUUUUUUAUAGCUUUCACAGUCCAUGUAGGACCUUUGCUGACUCAAUCACUUCUCUCCAUUUAUCUCUGUCUUCGCUGUCUUCAAUUCUCGUCGCUUGUGAUAUUCCAAUAAUAUCUGCCUUCACCCUAUUUUCUUAUACAUGUCUCGGUAUUUUUACGUUCAGUUUCCCAAUAAAAAUCGUAUUUGCUACGCCUUUAGACAUACAGAUGUGACCAUUUACAUGCAAAUCUGCUUGGUCACUCACAUCUCUUGAUACUACUAAGUAUUUUGUCUUUUUUUGAUCGAUUAUUAGUCCUAUCGGUUCCGCUGAUUUUAUUAGGUCUGUGGUCCUCAUUUCCACUUCAUUUCGGGAACUACUAAUUAUAACUACAUCGUCCGCGUAUACUAAGAUGGUGUUUUGUCCUAGAAUUUCCACACUUUGUCUCACGGCUAGAGAUCUAAUUAUUUUUUCUAACGCCAGAUUGAAAAGUAUGGGAGAGAGCGAAUUUCCCCGUAUAAGGCCCGUUAUAACUCGAAGAUUCCUGACAAAUUAUUUGAAGUUCAUUCCACUAUUGCACUCUUUUAUCGGCCUGAUCAAUUUGGUUGUUAUGCCAAAUUACGCUAUAACCUAUUGUAUUAUUAUGUUCUUCGAUUUUCCUACAAUCAGUCUACUAAUGAUAGAUUUUAACGUUCGGCAGGACCGGAUAUUCAUGGAAAACGUCGGAGCCGUGAAAGAACUGAGCAAGAUCACCAGUCACUUGGAAGCCAGGAUAUGCGAACUGGAACGGAACAACAAGCGGUACUCAUUGUUGAAAAACAAUAACCCCGGUAUAGCCCUAUCGGAUUUAACCAGUGAGUUAUAUACCUACCGGGUUAUCAAAACAAUUUUCAAAAAUGUUUUAAACAAAUCAUGGCUUUUGACCGCUUAUAAUGUAUUUGAAAAAUGACCUUGCAAUAAUCGAAUAACGUAAAUAAAACGCAAAAAUAAAAGCUCUACAUUUCAACUAUUCGUUACACGCAUCGAGCAAACAUUUCGAGUGGGGUCCAGACCUCCGGAUUUCCCUUCACUUCCAUACACACCGCGUAAAUUUAAAAAGGUCGAGUGCGAAUUAUAUAAUAAUUGAAUUAACACUGAAAAUACUGUCGAGAGUACAGUAAAGUUAUGUUCGAAUGACUGCAUAUUUAUUUGCAGUUGCUUUUGGUUUUAUUAUGUUAUUUGUUUUAUAUUAUUUAUUUCAUAGCUACGACAUAUUCGAACAAGCACAAUUACGACGCUACUGCUGGAAAACGGAAAACGGUAAAACUGAAGAAUGUGAGUGAUGUUUGCUGUGAACAAGUAGUGCAAAUUUCCAUAAUAACCCUAACGGUAGUCAUCGCUAGUUGGUACGCAUAUUAAUAACUGUAGCAAAAGUGCACGUUUAUAUUUGUUUUAACUAACAAUAUUAUAAUGCCAUUUUUCAGUUUGGUUUUUAUAUCCGGAUUGUUUUUUAUGGAACACCACUACAGAAAUCAAAUAAAAAAUAUUAACGAACGUGAUUUGUGAGUAAUUAAAUUUAAAACAAAAAAUAAUUACACAAUUUACAUAAAUAUAUUUUGUUGUAGAAAAUAAAUUAUCCUGCUAGGUAUGAAAUUGUCGUUAGUAUAAUAUUUUAAAUUUUUCGUUCUGCAGCAACAUCGUAAAUCCAUUGAAAACUAAUACAAUUCUAACCCAUAAGAACGGCCAACAAACAAAAGAUACCGGUCAAAUAUCAACCGAAGUGAAUGGGUUUUUGGACAAAGAUAAACAUUUAAAUUGUUUGCUGUUGUUCAAGCAACUCGUAAUCAAUAGCGGCAGUUGUGAUGUAAGUAUAAAGUAUACUUACAUAAUAAAUUAGAAUAUCGUAGGUUCGACCUAUACUACAUUAGGUUAGGUUAGUAUAGUCGUAUAGAUGAUAUCGAUGAUAUUUAAAUCGAUUUUUCGUUCAUACAGUACCGAAAGAUAAAAACAACAAUGGACAAAAUCGCCGAAAGAAAAACCGAAAGGGACGUGACUGGAAAAAUGGCUUUCAUUAGCUUCAUCGUUAAAAUCGACCGUGUUCCGGGUAUGUAUAUUUUGGAAUUAUUAUCAAACUGUAAUUAUUGAUUUAGCGGCACAAUCAGUAUUCACCAUUAAGGGAGGGGGAGGGGGUAUGAGUAUUAAAAAAUCAACUGACUCCAAGAAGAUUUUACAGCAUAAUUUAUAACGCAAACGUCGCCCCUAGUUGUGCUUCUGUUUGAACAGUCGUAUUGUUUUUAAUUUUGCAUAGCAUCGGUCUACAGUUAUUAUUCUUGAAGUGUAAGAAGGGGAAAAAAUAGUUAAACUGUCAUCAUUAAAAUCUGAAAAAACAAAAAAGAAUUCUUAAAAAAGUACCUAAUUAUUUCAUCUAGAACAAUAUUUUACUUGGGUAUAAAAAUGAAAUACAAAUUCGAAUCUACGGCAGUACGGCCUAGAGGUGGGCGAUUCAUCUAUAAUUGUUCCACCGCCUCCUUAACUAUCUAAGUGAUUUAUAUCUUUUCGUUUUCAUAAUAAAUUCGCUCUUUGUUCGCAGACAUUGUGUACAAGGAUAUGGUGAUCAGCGUGUACGGAAGUUAUGAUAACUGGACGGCGGCGGAAAUUAACGGGACGGACGUAUGCGGCCGAUCAGAACUCUUCCAGCAAUGCAGCGACAAGUCUAUGUUUGUGUACGGGUUUCAGGUUCCGGUUGCCGAAAAUUUGACCGACUAUACCAUCAACGUGACUUAUCGGCAAGUAGAAUGUGGUUCCGGUUAUUUACAGUCUCUGUGACUGUUAUCUAUAUUAAUAAUUAUAUUAUAAAGAGAAAAAGAUUUGUUUGUAUGUUUGUAAUGGAUGAGCUCAAAAACUGCUUAAGCGAUUUUGAAAUUCCUUUCACCCAUGCCAAGUCAUAUUAUCAACGAGUAAUAUGGGCUGUAUUUUAUUUUCAAAAAAAUUAGAGGAGAUUCCUACGGAAGUGUAUUAUAAUAACGUAACCCAAGGUAUCAAAAAUAACGACCGAAUAAUGUAUUACAUGUUUAUAGUACUCAUGUUUAUUCGUGGGUUACUUUGGUGAUAUAGAUGAUAAUUAAUGUGAGAAUUGCAAUUCUUAUUUUUUUUUAAAAAAAAACAUGCUUUGACGAAAACCGCAGCUUUGUCGCGCGUCAAAGCGACUUACCGCGCACGAGCAACGCAUGCAGGAUAGCUUGUAUACGAUAUUAUAAUAUUAUAUUUUAUGAGUGUUAAAAAAAAUGAAAUACAAAUGAAAAUAACAGAAAUUGACGCUGUGUAUUACGGUUUGGUUGAACGAGAGAGAGAACUGAUGGCGAGAGAAAUGUUGUGAGAACGAGAACAAUGGGUUAUUCAAGAAGACGGGCGAGUUAAGUGCGGGGAGGUAUGAUGAAGAAAAAUCAGUAUUUAUUGCAAGAAUGAUAAGUGAGCAUGCGGUGUAGACGAAUGGUGAUGGACGCAGAUAAACGCGGAGGGCGAGAUAAAGGCGCGAAGAAGAAAAGAUCAAAUAAUAUUGUUCAUGUUAUAAUUUUGUUUUUCUUCUUUUCACCCGCAGCAAAAACAAAGGCAAUCUGGACGGGUGUUCGACCGGCAUGUCCGUGACGACAACUUGCCCUUCGAGUCCCUCCGUCGGCCUUUGGGCGGCGAACGGCACCUUGCGGCACGCGUCCGGUCCGCCGUACGAAUCGUGGACGGCCGACGAGUAUGUCGUGUCCGAAGACACAGAAACGGUUUCUGUGAUCGUCCGGUACAAACCGUGGCCGUAUGAACGGAUAAAGGUGUGUAUAACUGUGAAACACUAGCUGUCUGAGAUAAAUUAAAUGUCCGCGGACAUAAUCCCCCAACCCCGACCUCUUUUCUUAUCAUCCACCCGCCCAUCUAUCUUCUUCUUUCACCCAAACACCUUUCUCAUCAUAAAUAAUUACUUGCGAAUUGCUUGCAUGUCCUCUUACAUUAUGUUGUUGUUUUGCUAGCGAAAAUCACUGUAGAACUACUUAACAGAUUUUGAUAAAAACUAGAGACGGUAAUUGAGGAAUCGAACGAUAGGACCAUUAAAAUCUCGGUUCUAGAGACUAUUGCCGAUACAUACAAAUAAACGUUUCCUCUUGAUAAUAUAUAAUUUAAGACGAACCAUACUUUUACUAUAGAUAUUCCGGUACCCCUUCGGCGACCGAAUGAAAGUAUCAGCUUACUCGGCGUACCGCCUAAUAUGCAUUGUCCCAUGCGUAUUUUUUCCAAAUGCUGGCUGCAUUGAAUAAAAUUCGUUCGCGUUUUACAGGCGGCGUGUGUCAACGGCUCGUCCGACGACAAACGGACAGUGGCGGUUGUCGAGUACAACGUCUCUCUGAAGAAAAAUUGCGGAGGCGACGGCGUAAACUCGUAAACUAGUGACCGGAAAAAAAAAUGGAAAAAAAAAAUGUAAUAUUAUAUGUGUAGACGGAAUGACGGACUGCGAGCAGUUGCCGAACGUGGGACCCGAUUAUAAAACAAUGUCAAUAUUAUAAUAUACGAGACCGGAGGACACUGUGAAUAAUUAUUAUGUAUCUCCACGAUACAUAAUAUUAUCGUUAUUCUAAUUACGUUGCAUAGGAUCAUUGUUUCGUUAUUAAUUUUGUUAUCAUGAUUGUUCGGCAAUUUCGCCGUCCGUAUAUUAUAAUAUUGUUUUUCUCCCCGUCCGUGGUAUCCGCCCCGCGCCGCCGCGGUUUUGCGUUUUUGUCGUACGGACGUUACGAACUGCAGACACUUUAGGUACACUCUCCGAACUUGCGCUUAGAUUCGUAGUACCGUUUAUUGUGAAAUAAACGCAGGCGUGCACAUUAUACGGGUCUAGUUUAUCGUGCGCGAUAUGCAAGAUCGCCAAGCCUAAACAAACAGAAAGAGGCCGUCGGACUUGUCGGGUAAACAAUGCCCGGAGGAAACCCGCAGCAACCGGCGUGAUUUGUAAUUAUUUCGUUUAUCGAGUUGCGUAGCUUAUCGUUUCUUCCACGCUGUUAUUAUAACUCGUUACGUGUCUGGGUAUGCACAGAGCACGUGGAAAUUAAUUUAGCUCUUUGUAUAGUUUCGAAAUCAGCGGAAAGCUAAUCUCGUUGGUUUUUAGUUUCUAAUAUUAUUAAAUUAAAAACCGUAUCCCCUCCAGCUUUAUAGUCAAUUUUACAUUUUAAACUACGUUUGCGGUAAAUAUUCUGUAUUUUCGUUGGUUUCAGUACGAUUGUGAGUGAUCAUCUGCUCGAGUAGAUCAGCAAUACUUCUUCGAUUACGAUAAGUGUGUUUUGAUAGUAACGACAUAAAUAUUUAAAUUAUAAUUUCAGUUUUUUUUGAAUAAUUAUUAAUUUGUAUACCGUCUUUGCGAAUAAAACAAAUUAAAUAAUGAUGAAAGAAGUACGGGUACCUAGUUUAUUUUUUUCUUGUAAAGAUGUAUACAAAUUCAUAAUUAUUCAGGAAAUAACUGAAUUAUAAUCUAAAUAUUUAUAUUGAAAUUAUCGAAAUACACUUAUCGUGAUUGGAGGAGUUAGAAAACAAUAAUUAUCCCAGCAACACUUGCGAAAAAUGUCUGGACACGCCUAUGAGCAUGAUGCGAGCACAUUACUAUAUCAUAUCCAGCCACCUCUAAUAAGUAUUAAAUAAAAAAAAAAAAGAUAUUCUUCCACUCCGUACUUGCAUUCAUUUUGACCAACCGGAAUUCGCACACAAAAUAAUAUUUUAUAAUAAAGGUCUUAAUAUUUCGUAUACCCAUGAAUACCCAUUCGUGGAAUAUUGUUAUAGUUGUCGGAAUAUUGAUAAGAGACCAGGCAAAAUAUUCUACUGUUACCGAAAUUCCUCUCUCAAAAUAUUGUAAUGCCAUAGUUUGGUAUUAUAGUUCCCCAAGUGUUAAAUCAUCGUCACUCCGUAUUUAUACUUUAAAAUGUGACCUGCCCGCCGUAGUAUUUUCCGUUUUCCCGUCUCUAUUAUUUCUUCCCAGCGUGGCUUUUCAACGGCUUACUGUUUGGUUUAGAUCUUAAGGAUUCACUUAGGACAUUAACUAGGUACCAUUGGAACACGGACAGAUUUGGACGUGACGGAUUAUUGUUUUCGUCAUUGCAAUGCUGCUGCGGGUCUCUAUGGCUCCCUAAUCGCAUUCUGACCACUAUUAUGAGUUUCUGUCCAGCUUGUUCAUCUUUAUUCCUUUGUUCAUAUAAGAGUGUAUUAUUGUCUGUAGUUGUAUAAUAGCUAGUUGAAAUUUCGAACGUCUCGUGUAUGCACGCCCACGUAUUCGUAUAUUAUUACACAAAUAUUAAAAAUAAAAAUAAAAUCCCGGCUUCUAGUGUUUAUAAUAUAACUAUUUGAUGAUAAUUUUCGAUUUAGAAUUAUAAGCCCCUAAUAAAUAGGCGGUAUAGAAGUAUACAAUUUAUUUAUUCUGUACAAAUUUAUGUUUUACGAGCGAGUAAGUAAUCUAAAGUGUUGUUUUUAGUCGAGGUUUUUGUCUUUGUUAUUAAAAAAAAAAAAAAAUCUAAACAUUAUCAUCUAUAGAAUAUUAAGCGAUGACACAAAUAUUA